UCAUUGGCUACAAUUGACGUUUAAAAACAUAAGCUGUUUUACUUUUGAAACUCCUAGGCGAGUGCGUCUUUCGGAUACCAUGGUACCAGCUCGUGAAAAUACCCUUUCACAAGGCACUGAUGUUGCCAGCACACAGCACUUAGUAAAAACUAAUUUCGUCAAAUUUGGGUAAACAUGUUCGUGGUUUUUCCACCACUGAAGUCAAUCAAAAUCAAUCAAACUCAAACUAUAGUUAUUGAAUUGAAAUCCGCAAUAUCCCAAAUCGGCAUACAAUUGUUAAGAUAAACUGUGACAGAAAAUACAUAGAACAUAACCUAUAAAUCAGAAUAAAGAACCCAAACUUUAUAUAACUAUGGACGGAGACUACGAUAAGAAAAUAUUAGAAUUGAAAAGCAAAAUCAAGAGCUACCCUGACUUUCCUAAGCCAGGAAUUUUAUUUUGGGACAUAUUCUCAGCAAUCUCUGACGGGCCCACAUGCAAGCUCCUACAGAGUCUACUAGUACAAACUAUAAAGGCCAAGUUCCCAGACGUGGAAGCAGUGAUAGGCUUGGAGUCGCGAGGGUUUCUCUUCUCGUUCUCCGUGGCUGCUGAGCUGAGCAUCGGCUGUUUACCUGUGAGGAAGAAGGGGAAACUACCUGGGGAGGUCGUGUCUUAUAAGUACGAGUUGGAGUAUGGGACGGACAUACUAGAAAUCCAAAAAGGCACAAUUCGGAAAGGCCUCAAAUGCCUCAUUAUUGACGACCUGAUAGCUACUGGUGGUUCUAUAACAGCAGCCACGAAGCUGCUUCAGUCUUGCGGUGCUGAUGUCAUCGGCUGUCUCGCUGUCAUCGAGCUGACUUCACUCAGGGGCCGCCAGAACAUUCCAGAAGGAAUACCGGUACAUUCCUUGAUACAAUACGAGUAGGUAGAUGAUUUAGUGUAGGCGCAAGGGAAAAUGUUCUAAGGCCUAUUUUUGGUACGCCAGUUUUUCUUAAAACAAUUGCUUACUAGGAAUUUUCACAUUCAACUUUCAUAGUAAAUAGUUGUUUUAAGAAAAACGGAUGUUAAUUUUGUCUGUGGUCUUUGGCCUAAGUGGUUUUAAAGGCUCUGUGUUAAAUUGAGAUUUUUGCUUCCAUUUUGAUACAGAUUAUUGCAAGAAUUAUAAGUACUAUUUGACGAUAUCUUUGAAGAUAUUUAGCAACAUAAGUUACACACAACAUUUUAUGUAUGUAUGUACAUAUGUUAUAUAUUCAGUGUAUUUUUAAUACAUUGGCUAUUGAAAAAUACCUUUGCGCCUAUGUUUUAGAUAAAUCUUCAUUCAGGUUUAUAAUUGUUAUAUUAUACUAGAUGUUAGCUUUAUAUAACUGUUGAGCUAGUACUAAGGCAUUUUGAACUCCAUUUUCAUAGACUAAUUUGUACAGAAUUUUGAUAUCAAAUCAACUGGCUAACGAUAUGACGUGCCUUUAUAUUUUUGACCAUUUUUUGUCAUAGUGUUUAAUGGAGUGAAAAAAAAAUGGCACAUACAAUAAACAAAAAAUAUUAAACCCUUUUUUAACUACUUUUUGUUACUUACUGUACUAGGACUUUGUUUGUGUCAUGAAGAUUUUUUUUUAAUGAUAGAAAAGGCAGCAAUACACUCCAUUGUUACUCUAUUGUACCAAAGAUCUGGCAUGAUAUUUCAUAGUAUAAAUAAUUUAUAAUGGUAUCAUAAUAAUUGAUUUUUUUAACAAUUGACGUGCAAAACCUAUUAAAUAAUACUAUAAAUUAAUAAUAAUAAUUCAAGUAAUAGUGUAAGUGACAGGUCUUUUAUUUAUCAGUUAAUCUGUUUUGACUUUAGUGUACAUAGGUAUCUAAAUAUGAUACUCGUAUUUAUAUGUAUCAUAUCGUUGUAUAUAAUGUAUGUAAGUAUUUAUUUUAACCCUUUAAUUGCUUACGUAGUGAACGGACGCGAAAACUUUUCUCAACUCCAAAGACUUCUUUAAGAAAAUAAACAGCCCGAAUUGUUAUUUAUCUGAUUUUAACUUGAGCCUCUCGUUGUAAAGCACUGGUACUCAGCUGAAUCCGGUUAGACUGGAAGCCGACCCCAACAUAGUUGGGAAAAAGGCUCGGAGGAUGAGGAUGGAUGAACUUGAGCCUCUAACUAAUUGCUCUAAUUCUAAAUCAUACCAUCAAGUUCAUGAGUCAUCUUGAUAUAUUUCGUUUAACUAUAACAGGAAGAUACUGCGAAGUUUCCUCUAUGUUUAUCUUAUUUUAAAUGUUUUCAAGUCCACACACGUACGCAGCGGUGCAAGGGUUAAGGACACAAUAUAUUUUUUAAGGCCUGAUACACAUGAAUGAUAAACUGGGCGUUAGAAUGUUUCGUGUGAGACCGGCUUUGUAAAGUUUACAUAAGGUACAUUUCUUUUGUAAAAUGUUGCCUCAAAAUACUGCUCAAUUUUGACGUUGUUUUUUAACAAUGUGUUUUACAAUAAUAGUAGUUAAUUAAAUACAUAUUGAUAUUAUGUAAAUGAUUGUAACUGUAAGCAUUCCAGGUUGUACGACA